CGGGGGCGAGGCGUGAGUGUCUGUGAUGCCAUUGACUUGAGUGAAUGACUGACACUCAUAUAGGUCAUUGACCCCCUGGAAAGCUGGAGCUGGUGGCACAUUCCUCAGUGCUUGAUGGUGUGUGAGAGAGAGAGGAGGAGGAGGCAGUGCUUCAAGAGUGUGUGUGUGUCGGGAUUAACUCUUUGUGCGUCGACGUUCCCAUUGAUUUCUUCAGAUGCCAAAAUGGAUGAUGGACUCUUAAGCCUCAAGUGGAACAACCACAAAAUCACAUUCUUUGAAAUCCUCAGGGUACUUAGAGAAAAGGCUAACUAUACGGAUGCCACUAUUGCAGUGGAAGGCAAAUUCUAUCCAGUGCACAAACUGGUUAUGAGCACAUGCAGUGAAUAUUUUAGUGAAAUAUUUGAAAGAACACCAUGCAAAUCACCAGUGAUAGUGCUCAAAGAUGUGCGAAGUCAAGACAUGGACGCACUUUUGGAUUACAUGUACUUAGGUGAAGUGAAUGUGAAUCAGAAUGACUUAGCUUCGUUAUUGAAGACAGCCGAGUGCCUCAGAAUUAAAGGCUUGGCAGUCCCUGACGAGGAUCCUACAAAAUCGCGGAAACCACAGAGUGAUGAUAGGAGAGAAAGUCCACCACCAAAGAGAAGAAGACACGAAGACAAUUCUGUACCACCCCCACAACAAAGGCCAGUUUCCCCAACCGUUUCUGCCUCUUUAAAAACGGCACCUCCAUCUCGAACACCACCUCUUCAACAUCAGACUGCCUCUCUGCCAGUUUCUCAGACCCAAGAUAGUGUCCAAGACUCGGGUGUUGACCCCCCUCCCAUGGUAAAAGUUGAAAUGGAGGAUGCCGAUGACCCAGAUGAUGGAUAUAGACGGGACAAUAGCUAUGAUGGUGGCUCUGUAAAUGAGGGGGAUGGGGAUUUUGGUGCAGAAUUAUCAAAAUCCGAGCAUGACCCUGAAACCUACGGAAGCAGUUCCUUUCCUGGUCCCUCCAUUCAGCCAGGGGGAGAUCUCCCAUGGGAUGAGGGAGACUCUAGCAGUUUCCCUCCAGAAGGCUUCUCUGGAGAUUUACCAGCUGGUCAGCAACCUCAAGGGGAAGAGGAUGAAGACGACCCACCGAGCAGUGGUAGUGAUGGUAUCCGUUUGCAACUUACUUCCAGUCUUGAUGGCCCUCCGUUACUCACUCCAAUAUCCCAGGCUCGACAGUGUCAGCUCUGUUAUGUAACACUUGCAAAUGCAAAUCUCCUUCGUCGCCAUGUAGAAGAUCACCAUUUCCACAUACGCAAGUAUGAUUGUGUUCAUUGUGGGAAAAAGUUCAAGAGGAAAGAACACAAAGAAAGGCAUGAGAGAAUUCAUACAGGGGAAAAACCAUUUGUGUGUCAUAUAUGCAAUGCCAGAUUCACACAAAAAGAACAUCUGAAAGGCCAUAUUGAGAAUGUUCAUCUGAAGCAUGGCGAAAAAGGCCUUGAAGGCUUAGUAGAUUUUGACAGAGAUACGGAUGACCAAGAUGACAAAGAAGAGGAUGACUUGGACAUAUUGGCCUCAGCAACCUCCCCUCCUCCCACCUCCUCUUCACCAUCCCUUGCCCCACUUUCAUCACUCAUAUCUUUGGCAUCUACUGGUUCACCAUUGAUACCCAUCUUACCUAAACCCAUCCUACCUAAACCCAUCUUACCUAAACCUACUCUUCUUUCCAGUGCUGCUUCUAUUCUACCCACACCAACUCUCCUCUCCAGUACUGCCUCCGUCUUGGCAACUACAUCCACAAAUCUGGUAACACCUACCACAACCUUAUCAUCAUCCAUCUCCUCCCCAGCAUUAAUUCCUACUUCAUUCGUCAAUGAUCUCAAUAUGAAUCAGUUCACAGCUCUUUAUGCACCAGUUACUCGAAAGACGGUGAAUUCACCAAAUAAACACAUGCAAACUAUCACUAUCAAUUUUAAUUAGUGCCAAUUAGUCAAUAUUUGCAAUUAUUUUUCAUUUUCCUAAUUUCAUUUUACAGUCACUGCCAUUAGUAAUCAUGAUCUUUCAUUGUCAUGUCAGUGUUAUUAUAUAAGCUUGGCAUAAUUUUACAUAUUGUUUCCCUCAUGCCCUGUCAUGCACUGUAAUUUUGGCUAGGGACUUUUACAAUUUCCUACAAUGAAUAACAGUGUUACUAUUAGCAAUUAAACUCAUAUUCAACAUGUGACUCAAUGCCAUUUUCAAAACAGAGCAAUGUGAAUUAGACUUUAAAACUAUUUGGCUCAACUUCACCAGUAAUUUUCUAAUAAUUGAGAAUUGUAUUUUGGUUAUAAUCAUUUUGGCUCAAACAAGAAUAAAACUAUUUUAAUUUAACCAUCAAGAGUAUUUGGUUGAUAAUUGAAUGCCAUAAAGUGUAAAGGUGAGACAAAACACACAACAAAAAGACGUACUUUAUCUGAAAUCAUUCCAUAAUAAGUGCCUUGGAUUACUAAUUUCCUAUGUUACUUAGUUCUACCUGAAAAGUGCUGGCUUGGUGCCUUAGCAUGCAGAUCUGUGAUAUUACUCUUUUCAGUACUUAUGAUACCAUGUUCGUUUAUUGAGGGUUGAUUUUGAAACGAUUAAGAAUUGAGAUUAGGAAAAGAAUUGUUUGGAUGUACAGUAUUUGAAAGGUGAUAUUUGUUACAGCAAUCUUGUGGAAAUCCCAUUUUUGCUCUGAUACUGAUUUUCAAAGUGAGUAAUAAUCCCACCAUUUCUCUUGUAUGUUGUUCAGAGGGGGGGGUAUUGUGGUUUGAAAAAGGUCAGUAACACUUACAUAUAUGAUGACCAAUCUUUGGCAGUAAGUUUAAUUAUUUGCAUUAUUAAAUAUAAAGCUGAUUGCAGUAACAAAUUCAGUCCAAAUUUGGACUACAGUACUUCUCACUGAAAAUGUUGCUACUCUUUCAAAUUUGUUGAAAUGUAGUUUGAAUAUUAUGUGAGUUUAUUUGUGAGCAUUGAUAAGUAUUGACCAAAAGAAUUUGCCCUAAUUUUAAGUCAUUGUUAGAUUGUCAUCAUAAGAGAAAUUUAGAUUUGGCUAAAGUGCCUUUAGGCUUAGAAUGAUUUACACUAUAAUUGAAAGCAUGCCCAGGAGGUUAAUAAAUCUCCUAAACAAAAGUUUAAUUAUUAUACUGUAUUUUUGGAAAAUGUUGCAAUUUCCAUCAAGUUUAAUUUCCAAGGAUGAUCAAGGUCAGGUACCUGGGAGUUGCAUCUUCUCUAAACUGGCUUAACUCUUGACUACACUGAACAUGUAAUUGUAAUAAAAUAAUAAUAUUAUGCUCAAAAAUGUAUGUUAAGUCAAAAUCAGUUUUCAAAACAUGUUGCCUCUAACAAAGUGCUAUUAUUAUAAUAUAUAUAUAUAUAUAUAUAUAUAUAUAUAUAU